UUUGGAAGACUUCGGGACUGUCUUGCAUUCUCUGGGCCUUUUCCAAACCGGGAGCUACUUAUUCCCACUCCGUUAUGGAGUGAACUAAAGUCCUUUAGGUCAUUAUAAAGUUAUCUGAGUGAAUUCCGUUUUCUAGUGGGACGUGAGGCAGUGGAGAGCAGUGUCGUGAAGUGGAAGGAUUUGAUACAGUGCUGAAUUUUAGGAUGCCCUAGACGGGAAAAGGAAAUCGUUGCUAGUUUGGAAAAGAUGAUCGCUCUUUGACGUUACCCAGUGUACUUUCUGUGUUUGGUUGUAUUUUGCGCAUUCAGCUCUGGUAGGCUAUAGGCUAUAGGGUUUAGGCAGUGAACACAAUGGACGAUAUCGAAGUUGAGCUGAACGUGGCAGGUGCAGAUGAGUCUGAUGAUGACACAUGGGGUCGAGGUACCGUUAAAUUGACACCAUCCUUGCUCUUGCCGCCAGCAGUAUUUCCAGAGAGGUCGAACAUGUCUGGUUUCCAUAAGACCAUAAAGCUCUGCCUUUUGGCCAUUAAGGACGCAAUGCUCCAUCAUCGGUGGGAGGACGCAGCUAAAUAUAUAUCUUAUUAUACACAAGCACUUGAGGACACCUCUACUGGGAAUCAACUUAUGUCACCAGAGAUCAUGUGGCGUCUUGGCUGUGAGAUUUUACACCACCAUCCCAACUCCAAGCCUGAGGACAUAAUUGAUCUCUAUGAACGAAUGAAAAACUUUGGGGUAAAAAACUUUGCCAAGAUUAGUCUAGAUCAUGCCUUCCAUCUGCUAAAGAAUGGGCAACUUGAGGAGGCCAAAAGGCAGUUAUCCGUUGCAGAGAGCUGGAGAUAUGGCAAACAGUCUGCUGCCCAGUCACAAGAUUUGACUCUCAUCCGUGUUUACCGCGGCUUCCUGGAUUACAUCACUUGGAACCACAGAAGAUCCCUGGGAGAGGAAGCAGAUCACAAUGGUGAUGGCAGUAAUCCAGAGAUGCACAGCUACUUCCGGCAAGCCUCUGUUACCCUACAGGAAGUCAUUAGAUCGCCUGGCAUCUGGGACUCUUUUGUGCUCGCCUACGUUGAGAUGCUCGAAUUCUACAAUGAUAAAGAAGGAGCUGAAAAGGUUCUGAAGGAUUACGCGUAUGACAAGGCAUUCCCAGCAAAUCCGAAUGCCCAUGUAUACCUGUAUGAGUUUCUGAGGAGAAACAAUGCCCCAAAGAGGAAGCUAAUGGAAGUGCUGGAGAUUCUGCAGGCACUGGUACCUUCUCAUAAGCUGAUGUUGCAAUAUUGCUUCUUUCUGCUUAACUCAGGCGAUGAUGAUGAUGAUGAUGAUGAUUAUGAUUAUAAAAUUCAGAGGGCACUUCAGGUGAUCAUGGACCUUCUUGAGUACAUCAGCUGGAAGCAAAACCCUUAUGCGUGGAAGUGCCUGUGGGACGUUAUUGUCUCACUGUUGAAAAGGCAUCGCGGGGACGUACUCGCACAGGAGUGGCAUAAGAGGAAAGAGCUGUGGAUGCCGCUGCACUUCAGAACCUACCACGCCAGACAGGACGCCAGGGUGGACCAGGACCUGCUGAUGCUCAAGAUCCUGGUCGUUCCAAACCUUGCUGGGAAGGAUGCUGAGUACCGCAGAGCUGCUAAACUGUUGACUGAUAAUGCCUGAAUGUGGGAACAGAAAAAUGAGUCUCGGACUUCUCCGCUGUGGACACAUGUUGAGUCGAAGGGCAGGAGAUAUUACCUUUGUAAAACUCUUAAUUGAUGCAUCUGUCAGCUGACUAUGAAUGUAGGCACCUCAGUAUGUCUUGGAAUGUUCAAGAGAAACUGGAAUUAUUUUUACCACAAGGUGGCACUCAUGAUGUGGUGAAGCAUUUUCCACCCUUGUGGUUGAAUAUGGUUGCCAAAAAGAUCUGACAGACGUGUGUGUGAGUGUGUGUGAGCGUGGAGAGGGGGUGGGGGGAGAAGAACACCACAGACACACUGACCUAAACACAGACACUAACAGACGUGCGCACACAAACUUUGUAAAUGUGUGCCUUGUCAGGUUAGGGAUUUGUGAUCAUGCUUUCACAGGCUCUAGUUUUACCGGCUACCUGUAAAACUGCCACCAUUUCAUGUACAAGUACAUUUUUGGCCAUCUCAGAGGGAGAUUUAUGAGGGUUUGUUUGAGAGUCUCUGUUUACAUGGCAUGUAUUUGGACCACAUAGACUUUAAACCCAAAUGGUGUCAGACUCACUGAGCCGUGAUGAAUAAUACAAUUUUUAAAAGUUUUAUUUUUGUAAAACUCACCCACUUGGCAGCUGUUAAUAAUGAAAUAAUAAAACCUAUUGUACGAA